CCACUCACACGCUGGUUGACUCGGGACCGGAAUGGCUGCCGGAGCGGGAGAUUUCGGGUCAGGAGCCCGGCUGGAUCCGGGAGUGCUUAUGGAGCAGGUCAAGGUGCAGAUCGCCGUGGCCAACGCGCAGGAGCUGCUGCAGAGAAUGACGGACAAGUGUUUCCGGAAAUGUAUCGGGAAACCUGGGAGUUCCCUGGAUAACUCCGAGCAGAAAUGUAUUGCCAUGUGCAUGGACCGGUACAUGGACGCCUGGAACACUGUCUCGCGGGCGUACAACUCUCGAUUACAGAGGGAGCGAGCCAACAUGUGAGGGGUCAUGGCGGGGGGGCGCAGAGCUCCCAGCAUGGACUGAUCACAGGGCUUCUGCGCUCAGGGAUAGGGUGUCAGCUGGAAGCUUGCAUGAUGUGAUUAACCAGGAUGGCAGUGGGACAGGACUGUGGAUCUGCAGAUGGGGCUCACAGUGUAUGGCGAGAAUUAAAUGAAAGUUUGGUGUCA